GGCCCCGGAAUUGUCAUUUCUUUGUUUCCGAAGGCGGAGGAGGCUCGGCGCCCCCCUCCUGACCCCCCCUCCCCCCGGUGCUGGCUCCAUGUCUGUGUGACCGGCCGCAGGGGUAGAAUCCAGGCCCGACGCAGGGCGGGCGGGCGGCGGCGGCAGAGGUGAGAGGCAGCGGCGGCGCGGCGCGGGCACCGGCCCCCCAGCGGGAGGAUGAAGCGGCGGAACGCCGACUGCAGUAAGCUCCGCCGCCCCCUGAAGCGGAACCGGAUCACCGAGGGUAUCUACGGCAGUACAUUUUUAUACCUGAAAUUCCUGGUAGUGUGGGCACUUGUCCUUCUGGCCGACUUUGUCCUGGAGUUCCGAUUUGAAUAUCUGUGGCCAUUCUGGCUUUUCAUCAGAAGCGUCUAUGAUUCCUUCAGAUACCAGGGACUGGCCUUUUCAGUAUUUUUUGUUUGUGUAGCAUUUACAUCAAAUAUCAUAUGUCUCCUCUUCAUUCCCAUACAAUGGCUCUUUUUCGCUGCUAGCACAUAUGUAUGGGUCCAGUACGUAUGGCACACAGAAAGGGGAGUGUGUUUGCCUACAGUGUCCCUUUGGAUACUCUUUGUUUAUAUUGAAGCAGCAAUUAGAUUCAAAGAUCUGAAAAAUUUUCAUGUAGACCUUUGUCGUCCAUUUGCUGCUCACUGUAUUGGGUACCCUGUGGUGACUUUGGGCUUUGGCUUCAAAAGUUAUGUGAGCUACAAAAUGCGGUUAAGAAAGCAAAAGGAAGUUCAAAAGGAGAACGAGUUUUACAUGCAGCUUCUUCAGCAGGCCCUCCCUCCAGAGCAGCAAAUGUUGCAGAAGCAAGAAAAGGAAGCCGAGGAAGCAUCCAAAGGAUUGCCGGACAUGGAUUCCUCGAUCCUUAUACACCACAAUGGAGGUAUCCCAGCCAACAAAAAACUUUCCACAACGCUGCCAGAGAUAGAAUAUCGAGAAAAAGGGAAAGAAAAGGACAAGGAUGCCAAAAAACAUAACCUUGGAAUAAAUAACAACAAUAUUUUACAACCUGUAGACUCUAAAAUACAAGAAAUUGAGUACAUGGAAAACCAUAUCAACAGUAAAAGAUUAAACAAUGAUCUUGUGGGAAGUACAGAAAAUCUCUUAAAAGAGGACUCAUGCACUGCUUCCUCAAAAAAUUACAAAAAUGCUACUGGAGUUGUAAACUCCUCACCUCGAAGUCACAGUGCUACAAAUGGAAGCAUUCCUUCCUCGUCUAGUAAAAAUGAGAAGAAGCAGAAGUGCUCGAGCAAGAGCCCAAGUGCACAUAAGGACUUAAUGGAGAACUGUAUUCCUAACAACCAGCUGAGCAAACCAGACGCUCUGGUGAGGCUGGAGCAAGACAUUAAAAAGCUAAAGGCUGACUUGCAAGCCAGCCGGCAAGUGGAACAAGAGCUGCGCAGUCAGAUCAGCUCUCUCUCAAACACGGAACGAGGGAUCCGUUCAGAAAUGGGCCAGCUCCGACAGGAAAACGAGCUGCUGCAGAAUAAGUUACAUAAUGCUGUACAAAUGAAGCAAAAAGACAAACAGAAUAUCAGCCAGCUGGAGAAAAAGCUAAAAGCUGAGCAGGAAGCCCGAAGCUUUGUAGAAAAACAGUUAAUGGAGGAGAAAAAGAGGAAGAAGUUAGAAGAAGCCACUGCUGCGCGGGCUGUUGCCUUUGCGGCCGCAUCUAGGGGAGAGUGCACCGAAACCUUACGGAGUCGGAUCAGAGAGCUAGAAGCUGAGGGCAAGAAGCUCACAAUGGACAUGAAGGUGAAAGAGGAGCAGAUCAGGGAACUGGAACUGAAGGUUCAGGAGCUCCGGAAGUACAAAGAAAAUGAGAAGGACACCGAGGUGUUAAUGUCAGCACUCUCUGCCAUGCAAGACAAGACGCAGCACCUGGAGAACAGCCUCAGCGCAGAGACAAGAAUCAAGCUGGACCUGUUCUCUGCACUGGGUGAUGCAAAACGGCAGCUCGAGAUUGCCCAGGGGCAAAUCCUUCAGAAAGACCAGGAAAUCAAGGACCUAAAACAAAAGAUAGCCGAAGUCAUGGCUGUCAUGCCCAGCAUAACAUACAGUGCUGCCACCAGUCCCCUGAGCCCCGUGUCCCCUCACUACUCUUCCAAGUUUGUGGAGACAAGCCCCUCUGGACUCGAUCCUAAUGCCUCUGUCUAUCAGCCCCUGAAGAAAUGAAGGCCAGCUGUGUGUUUGCCCAACCAUUUGGAACCAGAAGGCUUCGAAAAGCAGCGUCUCUGGCGGUCAAGAUAAAAAUGUUGAUAUUGUGUUUUGUGGGA